AUGCAACGUGAUUUAUUCGUCAAAAAGCUUUCAUCAUCAUCGGAAGUGAAUCAACAUCAAGAAAAUUCAAAUAUGGGACCUCCAUCAUCCGUGAUGAUGUCGAGAACUUCCUCAAGAUCACCCCAAAGAUCUCCCAAUUCGAAAUCUCCUUCCACUUCCGAGCAAGAUCUUGAAGCCUUCAAACCGGUGUUGGAUUACUCAGCAUAUUUUGAACAACACGACGUUCAUUUGGAAGAGAGAGGAAUAUUUAGAGUGUAUACAAUCAAUCAUAACAUAAAUUCUUCAAAGAAGCAACAUGCACGAACGAUACUUCCGACAUCGGAGCCAUCCACAAUCUCGAGCACAUCAAUGAACCAUUCAAUUCUAGGAAAGAAAAACAAAUCGGAUACUGUACUGGUUUUUAUUCAUGGAGCAGGUUUCACUUCAUUGUCUUGGGCUCUUUGUAUUAAACAUUUGCAACAAUUUGUUGUUAAAACUGGGGGAAAUGUGCAAAAUAUUAAUUUCCUAAGAUCACCUCCUACUCCAAUGGAAAUGGGUAAUAAUAAUAAUAAUAAUUCUUUGACAGAUGCACUCGAUGAUUAUGAAUAUUGUGCAAUUGAUUUGAGAGGUCACGGAGCUAGUCGUGCAAGCUCAAAUGAUUUGGAUUUAAGUAUUGAGACUCUUGUCGAUGAUAUUAUCUCGGUCUUACAACGAGUGUACCAAGGAAAAAAGAGAGAUUUUGUUUUGAUUGGUCACAGCUUGGGUGGAGCAAUUGCUGUCAGAGUUGCAGUCAAAAUGGAUCAGAUGGAAGAUGAACAGAAAAAAGCUGGACGCCCACUUGAUUCCAUUAUGGCUGCUCGAGGAGUGAUUGUUAUUGACAUGGUUGAGGGAAGUGCUCUCUCAAGUCUUCCCAACACAAAACGAUUUCUGGAAUCGAGGCCUAAAAAGUUUAAAAACAUGGAAUCAGCAAUCAAGUGGUCUGUUCAAAAUGGCAUUGUCAACAAUAUUCAGAGUGCUGUGAUUAGUAUUCCUUCUCAACUUGAAGCAAUUCGUGAUGAAAAUAAUUCUGAAUUACAGUAUUACACAUGGAGAACAGCAUUGGAACAGAGUGAACCAUAUUGGGCGGACUGGUUUACAAACAUGUCAAAAUUAUUCCUUUCAGUACGAGGAAUGAAAUUGCUCAUGAUCACCUCAACAGACAUUUUGGAUAAAGAAUUAACCAUUGCUCAAAUGCAAGGCAAAUUCCAAAUGAAAGUUCUCAACAAGACUGGACAUUGCAUUCAGGAAGAUGAUCCCUCUCAUACCGCUGAGGUCUUGUUCUCGUUUUUGAGUCGAUUUAGGCUUCGUAGUUCUCAUGCUCUGCUGCUGACCAGAGAUAUGAUUCAACACAAAAAACAAACACAAAGCAACGGUUGCAAAGACUCACAUCAUCAACAGAAUAACAAAGACUUCAACAUGCCACUCUAUGAAAUUGCUUUUGGCUUUGGGACUUGUCGUGAUUGUCUUUCUCAUAUUUUGUGCCUUAUCCUUGACUCGAACGGUGAUUUGUCAGAUAUUACUUUGGAUGUUUUAGGAAAGGCUGGAUUUGGUUUGGACUUUUCCAUUUUCGAUCAAGUCAAUAUGGAAGGAAGAAAUUUCAGAAAAUCUCUCGAAUUCGUGUUUAUUUAA